CCAAAAACAAGAUUGAGUACUUUUGAUUAUGUUAACAUGCAAGCGUGUCUAUAUAUUCUGAGUCAAAAAUUACUAGAUAUGUGAUUUAAAUGAGUAGCCUAGAAGCUAGCCAAAUUUUGGCGUCAGCUCUCAAGGAUGUUGAUGAAAUUUUGAAAGUCAGUGAACACGAGUUGAAUGAGUUCCAUGGAGCUGGGACAACAAGUAAAAAUCAAGAUAAAUCGCCAGAUAUUUCAAGUCAGGGUAUUAGAGGAAUAUCUGAAAGUGAAAGCGGAAAUCAUAAAGCAGUAUCUUUUGAUGCGACAGAUAUUUACAGGACCGGAAAGGAAUUUUCUGUUCUCAAUAAUAGACUUCAAAAUUUCAUUGAUAAACUAAGUCAUUCAAGGCGCAUGUCUAGAGUUCACACAUCGGAAUAUCAGGCUUUGGAUUUCGGACUCACAGAGAAUAAUUCAUCUGAUGUAAUUCAACUCCCGGCCACACGACCUACUAAAUUAGACUUAAAUGUUAUUGAACAACCUCAACAAAUUCAAUCUCCCUACAUAUUGUCCUCAAAUGAACAUAAUCCAUAUUUCAGUGAUAAAGGUCUUCAUCGACGAAUUAUUAAACUACAAGAACAAAUACAAGCACAAGCUAAUCGUAUUGCAGAAUUGGAAAAAGAUGGAAAUCCAUUAUCUUAUCUGGUCAGCAAAACAAAUACAACGGAGUAUCGAAAUCAUGAAGCUGAUCAGCCGUCAAUGGAUAUAGAUAAUAUUCAAUUAUUAAAUGAAGUUUCAAAACAACAUUUACGUAUUAGUUUAUUGGAGGAGACUAAUCGAGAUUUAGAAGAGAAAAUUAACAAAUUAGAGAAGGAAUUAUCACAACGUUCAAAUUCAUUGCAAUUGACAAAUUCAUAUGAAGAGUUACAAAGUUCAAAAUAUAACAGACAAUAUGCAACAAUACAUUCAACUGUAUCUAGUCGAUCAGCUACAUUAUCAAAUAAUAUGAAUACACUAGAUGAAUCAUCAAGGCAAUCAAAUAGGUUGAAUUAUCCAACUCCAUUGCGGCGUUCCCUUACUCCAGUUACAUUUAAUAAUAAUAGUUCAUUUAUCAAUAUAUCUAAUCAAUCUGAACAUAAUUUAACUGUGAUACAUCAGUCAAUGACUGCUGGUAGUGGUACUCAAUCGACUCCACCGACAUCACGUUUAUUCAAUGAUGAGAAACAAUAUACUGCAUAUAAUGCACAUUUAUUAAAUGAACAACCAAUCAAUUAUAAUAAUAAAUUUUUAUUACCUAAUGAAAAUUAUACUUAUUUAUACAAUACUGAUCAAUUUAAAUCAGCUAGUUUGAAUGAAUUACGUUAUUCAAAAAUUAUACAGUCGAAUGUUACAACUACUCAUAUGAAUACUAUGACUAGUUGUAGUACUAAUAAUAUUAUUUUCAAUACAAAUACUAGUAAACAUUACUUGGCACAAAAUCGUUACAGUAUGAAAUCUCCACCAACUUUUAUGCUUAAUGGUAACAACAUACAAGAUUCAAAUAGAAUAAAUCUAUUACCACCACAAUAUGGUAGGAGUUAUCAUCAAGAAACAUAUCAUAAUGCACAUAGUCGAUCACUAGCACUACCGCCAGCACUACCACCAGUAACACCAUCCUCAUUAUCAUCAUCAUCUCAAUGGUGUCGUCAAUUAACAAAAAAUAAUUAUAUUGAUGGUAGACAAACAUCAGCAGAUUGUGCAUUAAAUGAACGUGUACAAUUAUUCAAUUCACCGGAUAAAUGUAAUUCACCAAUUAUACGAAGAUGUACAACAUCUGUACAACAACAUACCAAUUUGCCUAGAUCAAGAAAUAAGUUCAUGUUAUUAAAUGCCUCCUCCUCUUCUGCUUCGGAAAAGUAUGAUAUCAUUCAAAGUUUGAACAAUUCGAUAAAUAAUUCAAAAGAUGAAACUGGUUCAUCACUGUCGAAAUUCACUCCUAAUGGAAAGAAUCAAUUUAAAAGAUUGAAUAUUGAACGAGCAUGUGGUGAAGGUUGGCGAAGUAUUACCACACUUUUUAGUCCAAGUCUCAUCGAUGUCUUUCAUUGGCUUUCACAUGGUCAAGUGAAUAAAUCCAUAUCAAAUGCUUUGAGUAAAUCAUAUUCCGUACAUCAUCAUCAAUGUGAACCACAAACGAGUUCAACCGAUUCCUCAUUAUACAUAAGAUCUAAAAGUAUGGAACGUUAUUAUUGUGGUGAUAUGAAAAGUUCCACUAUGAGAUCACGUAGAAAAGCGCAAGAAACUAUUCUUCCUUCUUUGACCAAUAAUAAUAAUCAUGAUCAUGAUAAUGUCUCAUCUAAUCCUGUCAGCAAUUCUUCAUCAUCUACAACUGUAUAUUUCAAUUCAACUAUGAAUGAUAAAUCAUCACAAAUAUAUCAGGAAUAUAAACUUGAAUCCACUGAUAAUGGCCCGUUGACGAGUAAUAUGACUGUAUUGGAUAGCAGUAUAUUAUAUAAUAAUGAUAAUAAUAAUAAUAAUAUUGUGAGACAGGUAUCCAGUUCAUUUGAUGAUUACAAAAACAAACUUUCUGUCUCACCUGCUGCCAAUCAUGAAUCGAAUAAAAUUACAUCAUCAUAUUUGGACAACGUUAAUAAAUUCUCUUCAUCUCAUACUGGUCUUAAAUCAUCAUCCAGUGAACAACGGCAAACGUUUCAAUUCGCCUAUACUAAACGAAAUUUCCUUUCUUGGGAUAAAAAUAUGAUUUCAGCAUGGUUAUACAAAAUUGGUUUAGGUUAUACUGUUUCACAUACACGAAGAUGGUUAACUUCUGGUCAAGAUUUAGUGAAUGAAUCGAAAAAAUCACUUGCACAAUUAAUGGAUAUACGUAAUCCGUUACAUUUGAAAAAGUUAUUAAUUCAUAUACGUUUAUGUAUGAAAGAUCAUUGUCCUAACAAUAAUAACCAUUAUAAUUAUGGAUAUUUAUGUAGAAAUAUAGAACCACCGGAAAAUUUCGAUAUACCAGGUUGGUUAGUUGAUUUGGGUUUAUCAUCUUAUAUUCCACAAUUUGAUAAUUGUAUCAUUGACCCGUAUGUGCUAGACCAACUCACUAUGGAUGAUUUAUCGGUAUUGAAAAUGUCUAAUGAAUUACAUGUACUUAGUCUACGCUGGGGCAUACAAAUGUUACGACAUAUUAAUUUUGAUAGAACUCGUUUAUGUCGAAGUCAUAUGGAACAAUGUGAAGCAAAUAUUUCUAGGAAAGGAAGCACGAUAAAUUCUCCCAUUCAAUCACAGAAUCAUACUCAAGAUAAUAUGAAACCUAUUGAUAGAUAUAACAGAAAUCAUAUGGAUAACUCAACUCUCAAUAGUAUUAACAGUUUAAAAUCAGAAUCCAUGAAUUCUGAAAUAAAAUCUAUUUAUUCUACAUAUUUACCAAUACAAAUUUGUUACUGGACUCAACAACGUGUAAUGAAUUGGUUAGAAAGUAUUGAAUUACCUGAAUAUGCCAGCAAAUUAUGCGGUAGUGGUGUCCACGGUGCUUUAAUGAUUCUAGAAGAUCGUUUUACACCAGAUCUAUUAGCUGAUAUUUUACAAAUUUCCCCUGUAAAAUCACUUGUUCGACGACAUUUAACAAAUAAAUUCAUUGAACUAGUUGGAUUGGAUAUAUGGGAACGUAAACAACAUCAUGAAGUCAAUAAUAAUAAUAAUAAUAAUAAUAGCAAUAAUAAUAAUCAUAGUAAACAUUAUCCAUUGACAAUACAUUCUAAAAUCAAAUUUACCAAAAAGAAAAGUAUUUUCCAUUCAAAUCGUGAACACAAAUUCAGCUAUCAUGACCUGGUUACAGGUGGUACAGGCGAUGAAGAUGCUAAUACUGAACUUGUUUGUCCUAUUGAAAUCAAUCCCGAUCAUAUGAGUAUAUUUGCUGAAGAGAUAGUCAAGCCUAAUUGUCAAAUUAUUCACCCACAAACAGAAAUUAUUCCAACUAUACUGAUUGAUCCAGUUGCUACAAGUGUUCAACAUUUGGAGCUGCAAGAAACUGACUUGUAA